AUGCUCGCCAACUCAUUGAGAGCUUCGCGCCAAUCGCUCGCAAGAGCCGCCCUCCGACCCCAAACCGCCUCCCUCCGCCGGACCCUCAUAACACCCACCACAGUCCGCCAGGCCGAUCUCGUCCAAGACAUGUACCUCCGCGAACUGAAAGCCUACAAACCCACCCCGGCCAAAGCCUCCGACGCCGAAGGCCAAGUCGCCAAAUUCAGCAUGCCGAAAGCGCCCGCUUCGCCCGAGGAAGCGGAUAUCCAGAACGACUUGCAGGCGUACGAGCAGCAGGUGCCCGAGGUAGAGGGACAGGCGCCGACGGGAACGACGGCGAAGGGGGUGGAGCAGGAUUGGUUCGAGGAGCCCGAGGAGGAUGAUGAGGCUGAGGCGCACCAUUAG